AUGAAGAUGUCGCCCCCGGACCGCAGGAAAAGCAUGAGGGACCUGGCGCUCGAGAUCGGCGUCCGCGUGCUGCUCUUCGGAGUCUUCAUCUUCACAGAGUUCCUGGAGCCUUUUGAGCGUGUGAUCCAACCCGAGGAGCUGUGGCUGUACAAGAACCCGCUGGUGGAGUCUGACCACGUCCCCAAACGGGUCAUGUUCGCUAUUUCCUUUCUCACUCCCCUGGCAGUCAUAUUUGUGGUGAAGAUCAUUCGUCGGACUGACAAGACGGAGAUCAAAGAAGCUUGUCUUGCCGUCUCCCUGGCCCUUGCACUGAACGGCGUUUUCACCAACACUAUCAAAUUGAUAGUGGGCAGGCCAAGGCCAGACUAUUUUCAGCGCUGCUUCCCAGAUGGACAGAUGAAUGCCAAGAUGCUGUGCACUGGUGAACCAGAGUUGGUCUCCGAGGGGCGCAAGAGCUUUCCCAGCAGCCAUUCCUCCUUUGCGUUCUCCGGCCUGGGCUUUACCUCCUUCUAUCUAGCCGGGAAGCUGCAGUGCUUUACAGACAGCGGGCGAGGCCAGAGCUGGCGUCUUUGCGCCAUGGUUCUGCCCCUCUACAGCGCCAUGAUGAUCGCCCUGUCCCGCACCUGCGACUACAAGCACCACUGGCAAGAUGCCUUUGUAGGAGGGGUGAUUGGCCUGGCCUUCGCCUACAUCUGCUACCGGCAGCAUUACCCCCCCUUCCUGCACAUAGACUGCCACCUGCCUUACGCCAGCCUGGCCCCUCCACCUGACACCACCCAAGAGGAGUCCCCACCCACCGACAAUGCCACCACCCUGCCUCUGGAGGGGCUUACCGAGGGGCCCGUAUGACUAACGGAGACCUCGCCCUCCUACCUCCGCGGCGUGGACCCCUGUACGAGGACUACAAACACUUUAACAUUCCAGUGAACUAGACUCCUCUUCAUCCCUGCUCUUCGUCA